AUGGAACACAACAUACCGGUUGAUAUUCUGAGCAUUUAUAGGAUCCGAUUGACACAAUUUACUAGGUACAGGCAUCAGAAUCUAAUCGCUAACCCGAAUGUGGUGAACUCUGUCGCUCCAGGGUGUCACCACUAUACCGAAACUUCCCAAAUACCCAUAGAAGGAUUCUGUCUGUCAGCCUUCCACGACGAGGCCCAUGAAGUGAACUCAAGGAUUGCCAUCUUCGUUAUUUAUCUUAACUAUGGUUUGUGCUGUCCUUUGUCGGACGCAGGCACAAAUGCGAUGAAACAGACUCAGUUUUCUUACACUUGUUCUGUUCUUGUGAAUGACAAGUCACAAUAUAUUCCGCUGUUGCUUACCUGCACCUCAGUCAUUCAUGCCUUCCAGCCUGGCUCCCCCAACAUCCCGCGGCUCCACUCGGAGCGCACCCUCCCGCCGCCCCAGAAUCCCGUCAACGACGCCUCACAUAGUCUCCACUCACGCACGCCUUGCUCCAGCCAAUUCCCCCUACGACGAAGCCCCGCGCGCGGCGCCUACCACUCCGCCGGGCUCCAUAACUGUCGCAACCCCGUCCUAGAUCCCCGCCCGCGCCGCAGCGGCCCGUCCCCCUUCGCCAUUAAACCCGCACCACCCUCCUGGCCCCGCCGCCACGGCCAACCUCUGCCCCAAGCCCCAAGGCAUGGCCGGUGGUCGACUCAGCGGGCCUCCCUUCCCCCCCCCGCUUCCACUCCAGCCCCUCCCAGCGCCACACCCCCCACACCCGGGCAACACCGCGCCGCCCGGCACACACGAGAGCAUAGCUCCAAGCAAUCGGCACGUCGCUCCAGCUACAGCGACCCAUCCCCCUCCUUGGCGGCCUCCUCCCCCCCGCGCGCCUCCGCACCCCGAACGUGCGUGUCCCCCCCCGACCUAGGGCAUCCCCGGGCGACCCGCACCCCAUCCCCCCCGCCUUGCUACGUACCCGCGCGUCCCUCCCGUCACGAUAAGGGGGCCCAACCCCGCCCACCCGCCCCUCAGCCCGCCGCCCCCGCACGCCCCCCGUGCUGCGCCCCGCUACCCCCCCCGCGAAUCCGCCUAGCCGCGGCCUGCCGCGGACAGUCGCACGCACUUACCGUCUUUCGCCCGCACCCGCAAGCAUACCCCCGCACAUCGUCAUCCACCCAACCACCCGCUCAUCUCCCCCUAUGCGCCGCACUCACCCCCCUCCCGAGCAAACGCAGUGAACCACCACCGUCGCUCCGCCCUUCCCUACGCCCACCCAGCCCGCCGACGCUCCCCCUGAUCCGCGAGCCAUCGGCCCGGCCCGCGCCCUCAGCCGGCGUCCGGCUACAUCCGCGCUCGACCGCCCCUCGCGGGUAG